AUGGCGUCCAGCUCCACUGAAACCACUCCCCUGGUCUCGUCAAUGUCAAGCUCCAGCCGAACAAUACCGCCCAAGCCUCAGCGUACCGUGACAUUUAACCCGACCGUCACGUCUACCAGCCCGAAGCCGCCGGCUAGAUCGGUAUCGCAUGUUGCCUCUUCGUCGGGCCAUGCAGCCACCACCCAAGGUGGGCAGCCAAUGCUGUCAACAUUGAACAGUAAACUGCGCAGACGGAACAGUUCCGGUGCUCCUGCCAGGUUGCCUUCCCUGCCUGCGCCCAAGAUUGGUCCGCAGAGAACGACGAGAACAGCGCAGAAACUAAAGCUCCUGCCCGAUCCGGCCGCAGAUGAAGCCGAGGACGAAGAGAGUGGACGCGACGUGUACGUGCAGUACACCAGGAUAAAGGACCCCACGGCGAGAAGAGACGCUGCUCGGCUUGGAAAGGCUGAUAGAGAGCGGUUGCCAAGAGUGACGGCAUACUGUACGGCCGGAUCAUACAAGCUCGAUGAGAUGAUGCGCUUCUUAAAAGGCAAGCACAAGACGAGGGGUGCGGUACCCAAGCGCUUUGACGAGUGCAUAUACUCCCCCUACAACUACGGUUCAACCAAGGGCCCAGAGGAUGUCAGUAGCACUGCUGUUCUUGAUGGCUUUUCCGAUGACCGACCCCGAAGGUUCUCAGACAGCGCCAUUGAAGUAGAACACGAGAACGAGAGGAGGAGGCAGGAUCUAAUUGACCUAAACGACGAUGGCGACGCCCCGGACCUUGCAAACGAACAGGCCGUCACCACCAGACGUCCUUCAAUAACCCAUGCCGACUCGGACCCCACCAUGGAUGCACCCGACUUCGACACCAGUGUACAUACACCCGAAGUUUUCCUCUUCGAAUACGGUACUGUUGUCAUCUGGGGCAUGACUUUGCAAGAGGAGAAGAAGUUCCUCAAGGAGAUUGCCAAGUUUGAAGUCGACAAGCUCGGCAAGGACGAGAUUGAGACGGAAGAGUUCAACUUCUACUACACACGCGAGUACCAGGCCCGGAUAUACAACGACUUCAUCAGUCUGCGCGACAAGAAGAACUACAUGAUCAAGCUCGCCAUCAGCCAUGGCCUUUCCCAAAGUGUCAAGACGUCCCUGUUUGAGGAUUUGGUGGAUAACACGAUUGAUGAAACAAAGGACAUUCCGGUUGAAAUUGCAGCCUCGGGCAAAAUCAACCUCAACAAGAAACAGAUCAACAUGCAGAUCGGAGAGCUAUUCAUCCUACGCAUCAGCAUUCACUUGCAGGGCUCGGUGCUCGAUGCGCCAGAGCUCAUGUGGGCAGAGCCGCAGCUGGACCCGGUGUACCAAGCCGUCCGAAGCUAUCUGGAGAUGGACCAACGAGUCAGCCUCUUGACGGAGAGACUGAACGUUAUUGGAGACUUGCUCGCAGUUCUCAAGGAUCAACUGACAGUGACACAUGGCGAACUGCUCGAAUGGAUCGUCAUCAUCUUGAUUUUCGCUGAAGUGCUAGUAGCAGCAAUCAACAUCUUCGUUGACUUGCACGCAGCGGAUUGA